AUUAAUUAAUAAUAUGCACGAGUUGAUGAUAACUUAUUUCCAGUUGAUCUUGGCAACGAAAAGAAAUAACACCUAUUUUAAAAAUGCGCUCAUACUCGUUUGUUUUGUUACUAGUAUUCGUUGCGAUUGUAACCGCUAACGAAAAAGAUGCCCAGGCAGAGUUAACAUCGAGUUACCGCGAAAUCGAUGCACAGGGCCAUUUCAACUAUGGGUAUGAGGCAACCAAUGGUGUGGAAGCUAAAGCACAGGGCGAUGUUAAUGGAAUUCAGGGUGAAUAUUUUCUUCCCGGUGAAAAUGGUGAAAAGAUACGAGUAACUUAUACGGCCGAUUCCACCGGCUUUCAUCCAAACGUUGAGACGAGUUCAUGAUGAGGUGACCUUAUUUCAAAAUAUACACACUUGUAUCUAAUAUAAUUCGAAUAAAAUUUUGUAUGUCUGUAUAUACAAUGAAAAUGAUAACUUAAAAUAGAA